AUGGACGAAACACCAGAAUCAUCCACACAAUCAACAAUUUGUCCCCCAGCGCCCGUCGCAAGGCACCAGACGACGGCGAUUGGAGUCGGAAGCCUGCGGUUGCCCAAGACAUCUCCAUCACAUGAACCAGCGCUGUAUAGCUUGUUCCUCUCCGACCUCGCCCUCAUCGACCGCAACGUUCCGCUUCCCGAGCUCCGCGAAGAAGUCGAUAAGUCCCUCGCCCAGUUCAAGCCACAAACCGCCGUCGACGUCCGCAUCGCCUACGUCGCAGACACUUCCAAGCUCCGCCAGACGCGCAAGAUGGUGGAAAACGGUCUGGGCGCACACGAGAAGAGGCGGCUUCGCAACAUGACCACGGCCCAGAGCCGACGCCGAUGUGCCGGCAACCUCUCCCAGUACCACGACAAACUCGACAAACUCUGCGGCGGUCGCCGCUCUUGGCUGCCGCGCGGUAUCCCGGUUGAUGCAAUCUCAUACGACACAGUGCUGAACCUCCGCAAGAUCAUUGAGUGGACGCUCUCCCAUGGCGAGAGACUCGACAGCCUAUGGGAACCCGGCGGACACCUGCACGAUGUCCCAUACCAGAAGAAACCUCUCGAUGCCGUGUGGAAGCGUCUUUCGCAACAAUCAGCCGACGCCAAUGUUCACCGUCCGAACUGCAGCAACGAGGGCCACCAACAAGACCAGGACAGAGAACCACAGCAAGGCAGCGUCCAAGACAGGAAAGAGGAUGGCGGUUCGGGUGGAGUGAAUGGCGGCGAUGAUUCCCCCAAUUUCAGAGGCGACACUAAGAACUCCUUUGGGAGCGAGGACGAUGACGGUGAUUGGGGUCCAGGUGGUGUCGAUGUUUCUUCCGUGAGUCAUUCCAUCUACUAUUUCUUGUUCCAGAACACGUACCCUUCAGUAUGUUUGUUCUCUCUAACUGGCGACUUGGUACAGAGUCAUGACAGCGAUCCGGGUGCUGAAGAAGAAUCCAUCGAAUAUGAACGUCGAGCACAGCGCGGCAUCAUUGUCCGCAGGUCCCUAGACGACAGCUUCUGUUUCUCCCGCGCAAGAUCGAGUGCGACCAAGGACGUCCACAACACCGACGACGGCGGUGUGUUCCCACAACAUAGCCCACUAAUGAAAAAGCUGAGCGUUCCUGCACCGAUCGAGCCCUAUGACGAGGACCUCUUGGCAAAAGACAUUCCAGACGUAUCGAGGUCAGCUGUCCAGGUCAUCAACUCAGACAUCGACAGCAAUGCAUCUUUGUCUCACCAAAACACUCGUCUCGCCGCCAACGCACCCGAGUCCGCCGUCCCGCCACCUUCGCUUGUCAUCCCGGCCUGCUCCACUAACACGGCCUCCUCCGUCGACCCACAUCACCAUUCGCUUCCUCCUGCUGUUUCUAUUUCAAGGGGCUCUUCUGGCGGCUCGAAGUGGCAGACGGCUACGUUAGCUGAGUCUGUCUCGGAUUCCAUGCUGGGAAAAGGAGAGGGACGGCCUGCAUCCGAAAGCCUUGAAAAUGCCCCUAAACGACAAUGUGUAGCAACACUCCCAAAAAGGUGGUUUGACCUGAGAGUGAGGCAUGGCUUCAAUGCCGAAUGCCUGGAGGACGGCCAAUACGUUGAAGGAACCGUUAUCUCGGAAUUUCUUGGCACGUUUUGCGCGCUGUGUCCCCUCUCGAUAAUGUGUAUAGACCCAUUGGUGUCCAACAACAACGGCAUUCCACAACGCAUGAGGGCCGAUUUCCUCUCGCAACGAGACAUGACCAUUCUCUAUCCUUUAAACCUCACGUCUCGGGGCAAGCAUUGGGUCUUGGUAACGGCAUCAACAACGUCUGUCAACAUCUACGACUCGUUGCCUAGCGCGACGGACGAAGUCGAGUUGGCGGACUUACUGCGAACCCUUCUGUCCCUCGUUGCGGAAUCAACAGCCACAGACGACCCUCCUACGCCCUCUCGCAUGUCGUGUCCGCAACAGUCGAACGCGAUUGAUUGUGGCGUUGCCGUCAUUGUCAACGGACUGUAUGUGAUCGCCGGCCAAGAUAUCCCAGCAACUGUCGAAUACUUCCUCUGGCGCCGUGUUCUUCUUGCCUUCAGUACAGGACGGAGGGCUGUCACGGAGAUCGUGCCACAAGACUCGGAACAGUCCCUUGCCGUGACGAACUACGGCACGCCACUCCCGCCCGCACCUCCGGGAACCAUGACCGAGGCCGAGUUGAUAUCGUGGGAUGAACGUUACCGAAAAUUCCGUCAAAAUAUCAUGGCCACCGCUCGGGCACAGCUUGGUGCAAGACUCACGCAACAGCAACGCAUGGUGGAGAUGUUGGAAGACGUCAUUGGCGUCUUUGGGGCGCUCCAGCUCACAGGGUCUGGCACACCGGGCAUGGAUCAGAUCCAUGAAGAGCUCGCAAACUGUCACUCGGCAUUGCAGAGCCUGGCUAGACUCCGCCGAGCUGAGACAUCCAUGAUUGACGAGCUCAAGGCCAGAUGCGCAAGACUGGCCGAAGCACAAGGCCGCCGGACAAUGAUGCAGCUGGAGCUGGCUAAGCUGACUGACGCGAUGCACGGCGAAUGUGAGGUACUCAACGACCGUCUGGCAGCUUUCCGUCCAUGGGAUGUACUUUAUACAUAG